AUGGUUGGUCGUGGAAAGAAAGCGGUCACCAAAAACACUUCGACAAGCCGCUCUGCUAGGUCUGGUCGCCAGUUUUAAGUAGGCCAAAUUCGACGUCUGCUGAGGCGCACACGAGCGGCAAUCUACCUCGCUGCCAUCCUGGUUUACUCUGUGCAUACAUUCUGGAGCUGUCGGGCAAUGCAGCCCAUGACACAAGUGGCGCAUUGCUCCCCGGCACAUCCAAUUGGCUGUGCGGAACAAUGAUGAGCUGAACACUGGGCGGCAUCCCAAAUCUGAUGUGGGUGUUCUUCCAAACAUCCACGCCGUGCUGCUCCCGAAGACUGACAAUGCGUCUAGAGAUGACUGCACUGCCAAAGACAUCCAGUGUCAAUAG